CAUAUAAUUAUCGAGUUCUGUCUUAUUCAGUGGAGCAUGUAAUAAACUUCAACUUGAAGUGUCGAAGUAAAGUAAGACAUACAUCAAAAGCGAAUUCCACGAGAAGCGUGUGUUUUAAGAGACAGUGUUAAAAAUAUUUGACCAGGAUGGCAAGCGAAUCGAGGGCACAGCCUUAUAUGGAUAAAGUACCAGAACUAAGAAAGAAAUUUUUGGAUAAACAUUAUUCUUCAGAGAAGAACUACUACGAUUCCAGAGAUAUAUCACGAGUGAAAUCGGAUGAUUUCUUCGUCGUGCAAUUUCUCAACGGGAAGGAAGGAAAUAUUGACAAAGCAUUCAAAAUCAUGGUCGAAGCUAUGAAGUGGAGGAAAUCGUUUGGUGUUAACGACCUGAGCGAAAAGGAUAUCCCCGAGGAAGUAAUGCGUGCUGAAGUUUCCUAUUUUUAUGGAAGAGACAAAAAAGGAGCACUCUUAGGACAUGCCCGACUGCGUAACUACAAUUUCAAGGGAAACAAAGCUUUAAUAGAAGGCUACCGGAAGUUGACCAUUUUCAGAUUGGAAAAAGUUCAACGUGAACAUCCUGGUUCGAGAAUAUCAUUUGUAUCUGAUCUACAAGAUCACAGUGUAUCACAAGUGGACAUGGAAUCCAAUAAGUUCAACACGAAUGUUUUAACAGUUUAUUAUCCGGAUAUUCUAGAAAGUUCGUUUAUUUUGAACUACAGCAAGAUCUUUGAAUCUCUGUGGAAGGUCACAAAGGCUUUGCUGGGACCAAUAUCCAAAAAGUAUAUAUUCACGACAGUCGAUGAGCUUACCCAAUACAUUGACAAGGAUCAGCUUCCUGUAGAAUUUGGUGGGCCAUCAUAUGUAUACAAGUAUACUCCUGGAGAAGAUAAGAUUAAUGCAAACAGCAACAAUCCAGGCGAAACUGGCUCUGCCUAGAGAUUACUUCAUUUUUGUGUUUUUGUUCACCUGUGUAAACUACCAGAAUGUUGCCCAUUAAUUUCUACUACUAUUUAAAGAGAUUUAUCACAUUUUCACUUUGUUGCACCUUUCGCGUAGGUUAUUAUCUUGAGAAUUUUAUUGUUCCUGAAAAAUGAAUAUGACUGAAUAGAAACUCACCAUUCUUUUAAGUUUGUCAUACAUCGACGUACAGUAUGCAUGAGCAGCAUGCAUGCAAGUAUAAUAAUGAAGGAAGAAAAUUCAAAUGUGUUAAACAGAACAUGUUCAGUUUCACACGCACUCAGUGUUUGUUCCCAUUGUUUUUACUCGUUGUUUGGUAUGUCAUAAAAUAUUAAUAAGAGGCAAUGUUGAUUCGAAGAACUGUUCUAAAUAGCCUAAUUCAUGAAUGAUAACUUUUUAAGUUACAUGUAUGCAAUGGAAAUAGCAGUAUUCAAUUGAUAAAGAGACUUGGAACAAAAUUGUUGUGGGAUUGUGCCUACCAAAAGGCGGGAAUUUUCGAGGGUGGUUCUGGAAUUUGUGUUAAUCAAAUUGUCUUUACAUAAUGAUUUUUCACAGACAAUCGUCAAAAUGUAUAAUUUAAGCAUCAAAGAUAAUGCAAAAAGUUUUGAAUGGUUUAACACAUCAGAACCUUUAAUUAGAUAUCAUAUUGGCCCCUUCCGACCCCAAGGCCAAUAGGUUACCGAUAACUUACCUACAAAAUUUAAACGUAGGAGGUCGAACUGUU